AUGGGCUUCUUUUCUCGAAAGGACAAGGCCCCCAAGGGUAACUCAUCCAUUCUGGCUUCUCAAUCAACAACCAGCGUUGCCUCUGGAAAUUCACGAGGCAUCGGAAACCGCACCUCAGCCGGAAGUUUCACGUCAGCAGGCACACCGCUAUCACCAAUGUCGCCGAUCAAGUUGCCCAAAGUCGAUCUUCCUCGACCCCCGGAUCCUCAGUUGGACCCUGUCGGAUACCUCCGCAGUUUAGGUGCCGUGAGGGAGAGGAGCAAGAUUAUCAUGGACAAGGCGACGCGCAACGAACUCAAUCACUUUGAUGUUGAUCUCGCCAAGUUGCCCAAUGUCGUCGCCUUUGUCUCUGGCCUAAUUAAGCGGGACUACGAGGCACCUUUUAACACUAUACCCGGGCAUGGACGAUAUCAGCAUUUUUGCGUCGGCGAUCGUGAUCGCGUUAAGGAGUUGCUCGAUUCCUGGCCAGAGUCUGUUGACAGCACCGAGCGAUGUCGUCGACUGAUUGACCUGUUCUUGGUCAGCGUACUGCUGGAUGCUGGUGCCGGUACUCAGUGGAGCUACAAGAGCACGGAGAAUGGGAAGAUUUAUCGACGCUCCGAAGGGUUGGCCGUCGCCAGCUUAGAAAUGUUCAAAGAGGGUCUCUUCUCUGGAAAUGCAAACAACAAAUUUCAAGUCGACAAAGAUGGACUCAAAGCCUUGACUGUGGAAAAGCUUGAAGCAGGGCUUCAAUCUCGCCCCGGGGCCGAACUGGCUGGCCUAGAGGGUCGCACCGAGCUCCUUAUCCGGCUUGCUGGCGCUCUCAGUGAUAAGGCUGAGUACUUUGGUGCAGAUGGCAGACCUGGAAAUAUGAUUGACCAUCUGCUUUCACACCCUUCAACACAGGCGUCUUCUAUGUUAAUUGUGCCGUUGCCGGUCCUAUGGAACGUCUUAAUGAAUGGUUUAGCACCUAUCUGGCCCCCAUCACGAACAGCCUUAAAUGGCGUAUCCCUUGGAGAUGCAUGGCCUUGCCAAGCUAUGCCCAAUCCUGGUGCCGCAUCCUGGGAAUCGAUCUUGCCGUUCCACAAGCUCACCCAAUGGCUCACAUACUCCCUUAUGCAGCCAAUGCAGUCGCUCCUGAACAUGCACUUCGCUGGUACUGAAUUACUUACUGGCUUACCAGAGUACCGUAACGGCGGGCUGUUUGUAGAUCUUUGUGUUCUGAAUUUGAAGAAGGAUGAUAUGGAGCGCGGCCUCCAGAAUUACGCCGAUUAUUGCCGCCGGACUGGCCAUAACGGGGUGGAGGUAGCCCCCAUGUUUGAGCCUAGCGACGAUGUCGUGGUUGAAUGGCGUGGCGCAACAGUCGGUCUGCUUGAUUUGCUCUGUGCAGAAGUCAAUAAGCAUCUCAAAAAUGAACUUGCUGGUAAUGAGAUGACUCUGCCCCAGCUCCUGGAAGCGGGAAGUUGGAAGGGAGGCCGCGAAAUCGCCGAGAUCAACCGGCCAAAUACCAAGGAGCCGCCAAUCCUGAUUGACAGUGACGGGACCGUAUUCUAA